AUGAGAAUAGCAAUCGCCGGCGGAGGCGGUUUUGCCUAUGUUCUAGCCGGGGAGAUAGCCCAGACCGCCAAUGCCGUGCUUGUUCUGUCCACAAGGGAGCAUCCGGAGUUCGAGGCUCUGGGGGCACAGGUGGCCGUGGUCAACUUCGCGGACGUCGACGAGCUCCGCUACGCGCUGCGGGGCGUUGACCUUGUCAUAUCGACAAUACCGGGCCCGUCGCAACUUCACCUCAUCGACGCCGCCCACCUCGCGCGCGUCCGCACCUUUGUGCCCUCCGAGUUCGAGGGCGCCCUGGCGCGCAGGCCGCCGGCGUCCAACUAUCCCCUCGACGACCGCGGCUCUGCGCAGGCGUUGGACCGCCUCAGGCAGCUGUCGCAGCCGCAACCCCAGAACUCGCAGCCGCUCUCCUCUCCCACCUCCCUUCCCCCCAUGGGCUUCACUGUCUUCUCGUGCGGCGUGCUGUACGAGAGGCUGGCACCCGGCGGCCUGGCCGCCUUCAACAUCGGCGCGGGGCAGACCCUCGCGAACCAGGGAGACUACCUGGCGGACAUUGGCAACGCGACGGCUGAGAUCGUCGAGACUAACGCCCAGGGGGCCACGGUGUCCGUGUCCAUGACCUCAGUCUUCGAUGUGGCCCGGUUUGUGGCAGCCGCCAUCGAGAUCGGGCCGGAGCGCUGGCCGAGGGAACUGCGGAUGCGGGGGGACCAGCUGAGCGUCCGGGACAUCGUGGCCGCGGCGAUGAGCGUCCGAGGAGUUCCGUUCAAUCUAAUCAGCCACGAGUACGGCUACAUCCAGGCGCAAAUCCACUAUCCCACCGACACGAGCAACUGGCGCCGCUGGUUCUACUUCCAUCAGCUCCUGGCCACGGCGGACGGGCGGUACGCCGUGGGACGGCCGAACCUCAAUGACCUCAUCGACGAGUCCCCGGGCGUGAGCGUUGUACCCGAGAGGUUCGCGGACUGGCUGAGGCGGUCGUGGGGCCAGCCUCAGCCUCAGAUUCAGCCCCAUUUCCAAACCAACGUGAUGGAAAUAGACUGA